AUGUUUCUCACAUUCGAGGCCUCUCAACACAACAACAACGACAACAGAACAAGCCUUCGCAACCCAAAACAAGAGCGUCUCAAUCGACGACGCCGCUCCACACCGCGAGCAUGCACUUCAUGCCGUCAACGGAAAAUUAGAUGUGAUGGCGAGAAGCCCUGUGAGGCUUGUCGGUGGUACAAGAAGGCUGAGCAAUGUAGUUAUCCGGGACGGGAGCGAGAAAGUCACUCAGAAGAGAUAUCAUUACCGGAUUAUCGAGGCGCAUUGAAACGGCUGUUUCCCGAAACUGCACCCGAGAAUCUCGUGGAUUUGUCGAGGGAGAGAUUGCUGGCUUUGAUAUCGAAGCCGACAGACGGGUCGCCUUACAUCCAGCACUCCCAGCAUCAAGACUCAUUGACAAUCGCCACAUCCACAUCUGUAGAGACGCAUGUCUCCGCACUAGCAAUGGAAAGGCCUGGCUUGGAGUCAUUGCACUCAAUCCCGGCAGAACAAGAACAACUCGAUGAAAACCGGUGUGCUAGCGCCUCCGAAGAGUCAGAGGAGCAUAUAUCAGACGACGUCAAUGCAUUGUCUCUACCGGCUCGAAAUCUUACUUCGUAUCUGGGCGUGUCGUCUAUUCAAGCUGCGUUGAAAGUCAUUGCGUGGCUUCAUCCGGAACUGAACUCACAUCUUUCGCACGUCCCAAAAGACCAGCGUCAGCAUCACCGUCGUUCAUCAAUUUCAGCUGGCUUACCACCUUCAGACCUGCAAUUGCUAGAUGCAUACUUUGACAAUUUCCAGCCAUUUUCGCCACUACUAGACGAGGAAACCUGCCGCUCAACCUUUCUGUCCGGUCGCCGAAAGGACAAUCGCUGGCUAGCACUACUCAACAUCAUCCUCGCCCUGGGAAGCAUCACCGCAGCAGGCGUCGACAACCACAACCACCGAACCUACUUUGAACGCUCAAUGAGCUUUCUCAACUUCAAAAUCCUCGGUAACCCCAGCCUCGAAGUCGUUCAGACUCUAGGCCUCAUGGGCGGCUGGUACUGCCACUACAUCAGCCAACCCAAUCUCGGAUACGCGCUUAUGGGCGCCUCGUUGCGAAUGGCGGUUACACUGGGUCUGCAACGAGAGCCUCCCUUCGAUAGCCAUAUGUCGGCGGGCGUUAGCCCCGCUCGAUCUGGGUAUCAGGAAUUCAAACGGAGGGUUUGGUGGUCUCUUUGUUGUUUGGAGACUUGGGGUCAUGAGACGUUGGGGAGGCCGAGUAUGGAUUUUUUCAGGCCGAGUAUCACGGUCAAGUUACCUCAUUUACUUGAUAAUGAGAACUAUAUCAAAGUCCUCCCCCUAAUCGAAAAUGUACAAUUCAUCAAAAUCGCCUCCAAAAUCCAGGAAUCACUCGCCGCACUACCCACAUUAACGCAUACCGAACUGCUCAAUCUAGACUCCCAACUCCUCCAAUGGUGGAACAAUCUCCCACCAGUUCUCAAGGACUACACCCCCUGCCCCGAAGCUUUGUACGCCGCGCGAACAGUCAUGCGAUGGCGCUUCUACAAUCAGCGCAUGCUCCUUUACCGCCCUCGAUUGCUAAACUAUGCCAUGCGCCGAAUCCCAUUGAUCGCAAUCAAAGACGAGGAACGUGUCGCCGUACAGCGAUGUCGCGAAAUCGCGGAGGUCGCGAUUGAGGAUAUCUCUACGACUACUACGGCGAUGAAGAUGAAUCAGAUGAUUGCCUGGAAUGCGGUGUGGUUAGUGUUUCAGGCUACCAUGGUGCCGUUGAUAUAUCUGUCGGUCGCUGCAGUUGCAGAUAAACAACGUGACGAUGGGGAUGAUGUUGAAACGUGUAAAGCGCAGGUUCGGAGGAGUAUCUCGACGCUGGAUCGUAUGAGGCCGUAUGGCCAUACAGCUAAGCGGUCGUCGGGCAUGAUUUCGAGGAUUCUUGAGAUUAUUCUGCGUACCCCUGACACUGGAGUGAGGGCAUCUGUCCUAGAAACUCACAACAAUGCAGGGAAUACGGAACCCCAGAAUUAUCCUCCCUUUCUGACGAAUCAUCAACCCAUCGCCCGAGAGCGAGUUCUGGAUUGGACUGCUACGACUGCUGCUACUACCGGUGCUACCAAUAAUACGUCUUUUGAAAAUUAUUCAUCUCAACAUGUGUGGGAGUAUCUGAGCUGGGGCGAGAAUAAUGAUUUCUGGGCGGAGCUUUAUACCAGUUUGAAUCCUCAGGAGGAAGCAAAUUUCUUUGACGCUAGGAUUCAAUGA